GAACAUUCUCAUCUUUUGGGAAGGGCGCUCUCCUGACCCCCUUUUCUUUUGUCUCAGAGCCCAAACGUUCCUCUUUGCUCUCACACAGCUGCAGAUUCAGCACCUGUUAGAGAAGACUGCAGAACAACCCUCAAAGUUUCAACGACAGGAAACUCUGGGUCGCUCUUCUAUACUUGUGUGUGUCUGUGUGUGUGUAUGUGUGCGUAUGGGACACCGCAUCAGCUCUGUUUUCAGCCUUAGUUAUAAGAGAGGCGGAUGAUGACAUCUUCACACCCAAGCUGUGCUCGUGUAAAAAAGCUCCUCUUACAGCAAACAGCUCCGCAGAAUAAAUAUAAGUCUGAAAAAAACUAGCAUUUUAAUGGCGGCCUCUGAAAACUGACAUUGUUGGACGCUCGAGGAAAGAUUUGACUAACUGGAAAGAUGGGAUGCGCCUGCAGCUCGGAUUCAGACAGCGAAUGGAUCGAGAACUUGGACGAACUUUGUGAACAUUGCAACUGUCCCAUUCCUCCCGAUACGAGCAACCCAUACACAGAUCAGGUGAUUCCAUACCCAUCACAUUAUACACCCCCAACUUCACCUCUACCAGAUAACAUCGGGGUGGCCAUUUACAGCUAUGAACCCAAACACGAAGGAGACCUGGGCUUUGAAAAGGGAGACAAACUCAAGAUCAUCAACAAGGAUGAUGCAGAGUGGUACCUGGCUGAGUCUCUCACCACAGGCCAGCGGGGCUACAUCCCAUAUAACUUCAUUGCUAUGACCACAGUGGAGACUGAACCGUGGUUCUUCAAGAACAUCUCUAGAAACGAUGCCAUGAGGCUCCUGCUAGCUCCAGGGAACACCCAGGGCUCUUUCUUGAUUCGAGAAAGCGAGACCUCCAAAGGAUCAUACUCAUUAUCAGUCCGAGAUCUGGACCACAACACGGGGGAAGGCGUGAAGCACUACAGGAUUCGUAACAUGGACAAUGGAGGCUUCUACGUGACGGCCAAGAUAUCCUUCAACUCUCUGAGGGAGCUGGUCCAGCAUUACUCCCGUGAAGCAGAUGGAUUGUGCACAGUCCUUGUGAAGCCCUGUCAGUCCAGGGCGCCACAGAAACCCUGGUGGCAGGACGAGUGGGAGAUUCCACGGGAGUCCCUGAAGCUGGAGCGCAGGCUGGGGGCCGGACAGUUUGGAGAAGUCUGGAUGGGCAUCUACAACAACGACAGGAAAGUGGCCAUAAAGAAUCUAAAGAUGGGCACCAUGUCAGUGGAAGCUUUCAUGGCGGAGGCCAAUAUGAUGAAAAACCUGCAGCAUCCUCGACUCGUCCGUCUCUUCGCUGUCGUUACCCAGGAGCCUAUAUACAUCGUCACAGAGUACAUGGAAAAUGGAAGCUUGGUGGACUUCCUGAAAACGCAGGAGGGAAGCAAUUUAACCACGAACACACUGAUAGACAUGUCAUCACAGGUGGCUGACGGCAUGGCGUUUAUCGAGCGGAGGAAUUAUAUUCAUCGAGACCUGCGGGCUGCCAACAUUCUAGUUUCCCAAGAGCUCAUCUGUAAGAUUGCAGAUUUUGGCCUUGCAAGAUUGAUAGAGGACAAUGAAUACACAGCUAGAGAAGGUGCAAAGUUCCCUAUUAAAUGGACCGCACCAGAAGCUAUAAACUAUGGCACCUUCUCCAUAAAAUCUGAUGUGUGGUCGUUUGGGAUUCUCCUCACAGAAAUAGUGACAUAUGGACGUAUUCCAUAUCCAGGUAUGUCCAACCCAGAGGUGAUCCAGAACUUGGAGCGGGGAUACAGAAUGCCAAAGCCAGAAGACUGUCCAGAUGAGCUUUAUGAAAUUAUGCAUGAGUGCUGGAGGGAGAAACCAGAGGAAAGACCCACAUUCGACUACCUGAAGCACAUCCUGGAAGAUUUCUUCACUGCCACCGAGAGGCAGUACCAGGAAUAGCUAAAGAGCAGAGAAAAAAGACACAAAUAGACACAUAUAUGUCUAACCAAACUAACAGCACAGCUGUUUACAGUUGGGAUGUUGGCUUUUUAACUAUUUGCUAAAAAUUUUAAGAGUAGAAAGUCGGAUAAUCAACUUAAAAGUUUUUUUUUUAUUAUUAUUUUAUUUCAACAUCAAACUAACCUUGAACACAUUUGCAAUAAUUUCUGAUGGAAAUGUGCAACUAGGAGAGAAGCACAUUAUGAUUCUGCUGAAGGAACGGCUGCUUUCCUGGUGCUUUUAUAAUAACAUGUAUAUAACUGCUUUUUACCUCUGCAACAUAACAUUUAAAAUUUAAGUAACAAGCUUUU